UUUCGUCUUGCCAGCUACCUUUUGUACAGAUGUGAUUUCCACUUCCCCAAUGAUUCAAAAUGGCAAAUGUUAUGCAGGCAACGUGUUUAUUCAUCUUACUGCUUCUUCACCAAGCUGAACAAAAAGUGUUCCUAACUGCUGAAAAUGCAAACAAAGUGAUUCAGAGAUCCAAAAGGGCCAAUCUUUUCUUGUUUGAUGAGUUUUUAAAAGGUAACUUAGAAAAAGAGUGCCUCGAAGAACGCUGCUCAUAUGAAGAAGCAAGAGAGGUAUUUGAGGACAAAAAGAAAACUGAUGAGUUUUGGAAGACUUACCAUGUUGGUAGACAAUGCUCCUCAAAUCCUUGCAUGAACCAAGGGGAGUGUCAGGACACAAUUCGUAGUUAUCACUGCAGUUGCCCUUCUGGAUACCAUGGUGAAAACUGUCAACAUGCAAACUAUGAGUGCCACGCUGAUAUGACUGAAGGAUGUCAACACUUCUGUAAUCCUAACUAUGGUCAUGAAACGUUCACUUGUUCUUGUGCUAAUGGAUAUACACUUGGUGAAGAUGAAAGGUCAUGCUAUCCAUCAGAUCCUUUUGCAUGUGGCCAAGAGCUGAGAAUGGCUUUUAACAUGGAAACUGGCCUUCAACACAAUCAAACAUUCAUCUUCCCUUGGGAGGUAAUACUCAUAAACGAAAAUGAAGAAUAUUUUUGUAGUGGUGUAAUCUUAAAUGAGAUUUAUGUAUUGACAACAGCAAAGUGCAGCAAAAUGUACCGCUCUAUAUAUGUCUUUGCAGGUGCAGGGAUUGGACCACUUGAAAAAGGAAAACAGCUCAUUAGUGUGAUGGAUCAUCAAGUACAUUUGCGUUACGAAAAAAAGACAGGAGAUAAUGACCUAGCUCUCCUUAAACUACAAGUAAAUAUUAAAUACAACAAGCAUGUCCUUCCCAUUUGUCUUCCUCAAAAGGACUUUGCAGAGAAUGUGUUGUUACCAAGUAAAUCUGGUAUACAUAGCAUCUUUAAUUUCCCGGAUGAUGAUUUUUAUGGCCUGGUUCCUUUUAAGUUUCCUGCAACACAAACUAACAAGGAAACCUGUGAAUCUGCACUUAACAUGACCCAAACUAAUAGAAUGUUUUGCAGCAUUUCAUCCAACACAAUGGACUCUGAGAUUGCUGGUGGUGGCUAUGCUGCUGCUAAGUACAGAGAUACAUGGUUCCUAACAGGGAUCAUGCGAGGUGGUAAUGUGACAACCUUGUCCCAGAAUGUGUUUUCAUUCACCAAAAUCUCCAGAUAUAUUCUGUGGCUGAAUGACAUUCUCAGUGAAAGUAUCAGUAUAUUGUAGCAUAACAAACAUUUAUUUUGUGAAAAUAUAAUAUUGAAUAAGUGUAGUGACAAAAUUAGAUCAAGCUGCUACCACCUGUGUUUCCCCAUCCUUAACACAAAAUAACAUGCAAAUAGAAUACACUAAUUGAGUGGUCACACAACCCACACAAGUGAGUAUGGUGGAGCACUAAGACACACUUACCCCUAAUAUAAAGGGGGGGAAGAUUUAAAGUUGUUCCUAUAAAAGGAAAAAAUAUAGUGCAAUACAUUUAAUGAUAUAUACACUGGUAUGAAGGGUUUGUGACCCCCUUUAUAGGCACAAAUACUCUCUAGAGCCAGGUUACAAGGGAUUUAUACCAGGUGAGCAGUCUGGGAUUUUUAGGUCACAUAUUUUCAUUUUUCAGCCUGCACUAGGAGUUUUCUUUUUUCUCGAUUUAUAUCUCCUCUGCAAGAUCAUCAAUUGGAAGAGGGACAGUGUCACCAAAGUACACACAUGCUAGUGUAACCUGAGCCUAUACUUAUUCAGAUAUAUACACACAUACACA